AUGGUUUUUGAUCGUCUGGCCCGGUUCUACCGGUCGUGUCUACUCCAGAUUAUCAUUGUUGGACUAGUCGCAUUCUGUGAACCAGGUAUAUGGACAGCUCUUAAUAACCUUGGAGCUGGAGGCAAUGCCAAGGCAAGUAAUAUAAAUCCUUACCUGAAUAAUGCCGCCAAUGCCUUGACAUACGGACUUAUGUCAGUAGGCUGCUUCCUUGCUGGUGGAGUUACCAAUAAGAUCACUGCGAAAUGGACCUUGUUCAUCGGAGCUGCAUUCUACACUCCUUAUGCGGCUGGUCUAUACUGCAACAAUCGUUAUGGCAACGAGUGGUUUCUCCUACUCGGAGCUGCCCUUUGUGGAAUUGGUGCCUCGUUGUUAUGGGCUAGUGAAGCUGCCAUUGCAGUUGGAUAUCCGGAGGAGGAAAAAAGAGGACGCUACGUUGCAAUCUGGAUGAGUAUUCGGCAGAUGGGGCCACUUGUUGGUGGUGCUAUAUCUCUCGCUCUCAAUGUCAACACUGCGCACGUCGGCAAGGUCACCUACACAACAUACUUGGGGCUUGUUGCCAUCUCAUCCCUCGGGGCUCCAUUUGCCUUGCUGUUGUCCCAGCCACAGGAUGUCAUCAGGAGUAACGGCACCAAGAUCCCUUAUAUGAAGAAAACGAGUCUUGCUAUUGAGGCCCGCGCUAUCUGGAGGCAACUUUCGAAUAAGUACAUGCUGCUACUCAUCCCGGUCUUCCUCGCAGGACAGUUUGGUGUGACUUAUCAGGGGAAUUAUUUGACGACUUAUUUCACCGUCCGCUCUAGGGCCCUUGCGUCAUUCCUAACUGCCGUGGUCGGCGCCACCGCCAACGUGGUGACGGGCUUGUUUCUCGAUCUGAAGUUUUUGUCCCGAGGAACGAGAUCUAAAAUUGUGUACAUCUUUGUCCUUGUCUUUAUCACAGCUGCUUGGACAUGGAACGCCAUCACCGAGACGAAACUCUCCCGCAUGGCCGAACCACCCGCCUUUGACUUGGGCGAUGGUCCAUUCUUCAACUCGGCUUUCACUGUCUAUAUAUUCUUCCGGUUCUUCUAUGAGGUGCUGCAGACGUAUAUCUAUUGGUUGAUGGCCGAGAUCAAGGGAGCGCAGGCGGACGGCGAUAUCGCGAGAACAACCGGAAUCCUAAGAUCGUGGGAGUCCAUCGGCAGUACGAUUGCCUACGCCGUCGGUGCAACUCACUGGGCCAACCUGAACCAGAUGAUACUGGGCUUUGCACUAUGGGGCUUUACCAUUCCAUUCACCCUUCUCGCAGUGUUUGGAAAUUGGAAUGUUUCAGACACGCUCGAGGUAGAGGAGGAGACGGACAGCAGUAGCUUGGAGGCACAGAGGGUAGUCGUCAAUUCUGAUGGAAAGGACUAG